CCAAUUGAUGUUGACAAAUGCACACGCUGGUAUUGCACCACUGCAAUCAAGUCAUGGAAAUGUAUUUGUUCCAAAUCAUACUUUCAAAUAAAGGCCUGGCAAUCUCCAAAGUGGGACUGCAUCGACCCUCACCUUACACACUGACCCCUGGACGACCUGAAACAAAUAAGUCGUAACGUCUGGGUCAUAUUCAUUAGUGCACACCGUAGCAAAAGAAGGCAAAACACUUUUCAACAGACAACGAAAAUGAUGGCUUCUUAUUGAACUACUUCAGGUAGUCCCUCCCUGUUUGGAUCUGUUUUUUGGGGGUAGAAUGUUCAGUGAAGAUGCCUUUACUGGACUCGGUGUGCCAGCCAAUGAGUUUGUGUUGACAGGGGUUACGUUCCAAUGGUUCAUGCUCCAGCAGGUACGUCUUUCAAGACAACUUGAUCGACAUUAACACGGUUCAUCCAUAGUCAACUAUUAUCCUGUCUCACCUUAUUAACGUUUCUUUGUGUUGAAUGAGAUGUUUGUUCACCUGGUGACACGCUGCACCUAACCGUCCACUACAUUAGAGGAACACUACCGUCCUAUUCAAGUAAUUGAGUCUCGAUCCUGGUUAUGGUGGAUCUCUACCACCUAUGCUUGAUGUCUCGGAAGAAAUAGGCCUACUUUGUCAUUCCUUUUGAAUUGUAUCAACCUGUUCAUAUUUUGCCAACAACUUAGAAUUGGCUUUCACACAAAGGGUAGUGAAUUUGACUGCAAAAUCACGCGACACAGGUAGACUUUUUCUUUUGCUCCAUCUCUAUACUUGAGUUGCAAAACUGUCUUGAAAUAACAAAAGAGCGCCUGUUGCCUUGUAUCUGUGAUGGUACAUAUAAAUGCUAUAUUUCAAACAACAGAGUUCUAUUUCAGCGUUGUUUCCAUGACACAAAAGUUGGCAAAAGGGGUCAUAAGCGGGCUGACUGAAGAGUUCCGAUGAUGAAAUACUAGGAAUUACCAUCAUUAAUCUAAUCCGAUGUUAUAAUCGAUAAUCUGUCAUUAUGAGUGUGAUUCAUGCCAUUUCAUUCCUCAAUAUCUAACAAAUCAAUAUUGAGCAAAAUGUCUAAUCUACUGUUGAUCUGUCUAUCUAUACUAUCUAUAUAUAGAGUUCAGAGUGAUAACGGACUGUUAUUUUUUGCAGGCAGUUCCAGCAGUCUGUCCGCACAGCUUCUUCUGUGAGCAGAGGUCUUGGGGUGUCUGGGAAGAUGUUCUUUGUGACAGGGGCCAAAAGUGCAGGAGGGGCAUCAUCGGGAGGAGGAGCGACGAGGUCCAUCUACCAGAAGUUCCGGGAUGUUGACCUGCUGGACAAGAAGACGGUGACGGCUCUGAAAGCUGGAGAGGACCGGGCUAUUCUCCUGGGCCUGGCCAUGGUCAUUGCGUCGAUCAUGAUGUACUUUGUCCUGGGCAUCACCAUACUACGCUCUUACGCAGACAGUGUGUGGACAGAGGAGAGUGUCUGUUUUGUGGUCAACUCCACCAUCAUGGCAGACGUGAACUGCUCUUACAGCUGUGGCUCGGACUGCUGGAGAGGCUCUAAGUACCCCUGUCUGCAGGUCUACGUCAGUGUCAACACCACGGGCAGGCUCAGCCGCUUAUCUCACAAUGAGGAGAGCUGGAACUCCAACUUUGAGUGUUUCUACGUACCAAAGUGUCACAAGGACACUACAGCCAUGCACCACAUGAUCGUGAACAUCUCAGAACGCCUGAAGCCGCACCAGCAGGUGCCCUGCUAUUACGACCCCAGCGACCAGCAGGAGAGCGCCCUCUUGACCCGACUGUACGACCACAGCGCCGUCUUCUACUCGCUCUUCUGGCCCUCCUGCAUGCUCACGGGGGGCACUGCCAUAAUCUUCAUGGUCAAACUCACCCAGUACCUCUCCAUUAUGUGUGAGCAGGUAGUCAAGAUCAAGAGGUGAAGCUUGCUAGCGCAGUAACUGAGAGUGACAAACAUGGUCUCAAGUCCAGACAAAUAAUGACAUGAAAGGGAUUGUUUUAACCUAAUGGCCCUGUGAUCUCUUGUAAUGUCGCUCUCUCAAUACUGAGACAUUUGGAACUGGUGGCUUGAUUUGCUUCUGUUCUACUUACAGACUGUUGCAAAUUGAAUGUGAAAGGAAUGUUCUGAAAUGGACAUCUAAGCAGCUAAAUUAAUGCAUGACCUCUGUUGACUGAAAAGCAACAUGCAUGCAUAGUAGUGGGAAGUAGUUUGGGGGUGGGGACAAACCUUUAGCCCGCGCUGAUGCUGCAGAUGGCUAUAUCAGUCUGCUAAUACAGGACAAUUAAAGGCCCAGUGCACUACUUUUGUGAUUAAAAAAAAAAUUCGUUAAUUUUUAUUUUUAAUUCAGAUUUUUCAGGGGGUGCUGCAGCACCCUCAGGAACCCUGCUUCCCGCAGCUAUGCAUACAUGUCAGAAUAUGCAACCUUUUCACAGAAAUGAACAGGCUAUUUUAAUGUUUUUUUUUUAUCUACCUUGUCAAGUCUAUUUGUCAUAUGUACAGGAUACACAGUACAAUGAAAUGCUUACUUGCAGGUUCCCGCUCGACAAUGCGACCUCAAUAAGAAAUACUUAGUAAAUGAUUUGCAGACUUUGAACACAGGGCUCUAACAGAAAGUUGGGUACCCUCUCUUACAAUCCUACAUUUGGAGUAAUGUUCAGCACGUGUCCUUUAUCUCACAGACGACAAUGCCGAGCAAAAUUUGUGCUGACAGAAUGAGAGUUCAUUCUCCCAAAUUGUCCACUGUGUUUGCUGAAGAUAAGUGUUCAUGACCUACUGUGUUGAGCAAAGUUAAAACCUUGUGCAGUUCCUGUAUUCCAUUUUUGCAGAAGAGGGUUAAAGACCAUUGUCGAAAUACCCGAACUAGCUAGAAUAUGCUGAAUCUUAUGGGGAAAUUGCUGAAUGAGAGCAUCAACAUAUUUUAGGGGUCAGCCAUAGCUUAUAUUAUUUACAGUUGUUACCAUUUUAUUGUUCAGUCUGUCAUACAAAAAUUGUGUGCUAUGCAAAAAUGUUUCUCUUUGUCUUGUGUCUCUCUGAUGACAACCAAGGAAAGUUGAUACAUCAUGUUUAUUUUUUACACAUUUAGCUCUGUAUGCAAUAAAUUACCUCAUAAAAUAACAUAUUGAUGCAGUUAUGACUUCCCAUGGUGAGGAAUAUCAAAAUGAAAUAAAUACUUUGACAGUGAAUUUAAAGCAUUUCUACAAUCAAGCAAUUGUUUACAAAUGAUGCAACUGUAAUAAACCCUACCUUCUUGUUCAGAAUUUCUUAGAAAUUAUCCCAAUAAAAGCUUUCUUGCAAUUUUUUUUUUUAUCUCACUGUCACUGGGCAGAUUUCCUUUGAGGGCAUUUGGCAUGACAGAGCCUUUCUCUGCCUUUCCUUGCUUGAGACAAACUUUGCCCCUGGCUUUGCAUAGGACUGGCUUUGGAUGGAAAUAGACCUUGUAUGGAUUCAUCACAUCUUUGACAUUGUCGGUUUCACUGUUAUCACACGUGUUGUUUACUUGGCGUCUCUUGGGGUGUGCCACUUGCCCACUUCCAGCUCCCUCUGACAGCUAUGGAAAGCAGUAAAUCUUUUACAAGCAAGAAAGGUGGCUUCCUUGAAUUUGACCCCCUCUGCUGUCCCCUUCAUAACAAUGACCAGAAGCAUAGUGUAACGGCUGUUUGAAGAAGGUGUGGACCAAAGCACGUGUUCAUGAUUUUUAAACUGACCACUAAACCGUGAAUAACCGGAACAGUUCUGUCUGGUGUAGACACCAAAUAAAAAAAUAAAAACAACCCACAAAACACAGGUGGGAAAAGGCUACCUAAGUAUGGUUCUCAAUCAGAGACAACGAUAGACAGCUGCCUCUGAUUGAGAAUCACACCCGGCAAAACACACAGAAAUAGAAAACCUAGAACACAAAACAUAGAAUGCCCACCCCAACUCA